UUAAAUAGUUUGGAUCCACUCUGCUCACCAUUUUCAAGAUCACAAUUCACAUAACCAGAUUUAACACUAUUUUUCUAAGUUAAAGGUGAGAAUCUUUUUUUAAUAUUAUAAGGUUAGAUGCACGCAAUACCAUGUAGGAGUACAUCUCCGUAAACAAUACGCUUACAUCGCUUACACCGUCGGUGGAGUAGAGUCCAAAGCACCUGCUGCUGAUGCUUAAAUCUCUUAUAUUUAUAUAUACACACUUUUCAUUCUCUUCUUCUUCUUCUUCUUUUUUUUAAGAGAGAGAGAGAGAGAGAGAGAGAGAUAUGGAGAAGAAGAGACGAAUGGUGGGAAUAUGGGAUGUUAAGCAUAUGUUUGAAAGCAGCAUUAUCAUCUUCUUCAUAAUAGGUGCAUUGGCCACCACAGCCGUUUAUUAUGUGAACUCGGAUGAACAAGACACGAGUCUACCGGUGACUCCAAGUGUUAAUGUGUAUGAAUCUUUGAAUGGGUGUGAUUUGUUCUCCGGCAAAUGGGUUUAUGACAAUGAGUCUUAUCCUCUUUAUAAAGAAGCUCAAUGCCCGUAUCUUCCUGGUGAGUUUUCUUGUGGGCAGUAUGGUAGAACUGAUUUCAAGUAUCAACAAUGGCGAUGGCAACCCAAUGGUUGCAACCUUCCAAGAUUUGAUGCCAAAGUAAUUCUUCGAAGAUUGAGGGGUAAAAGGAUAAUUUUCGUUGGGGAUUCUGUGAAUAGGAACCAAUGGCUAUCAAUGGUUUGCAUGCUUCAAUCUGUCAUCCCCCUUGGACUCAAGAAGAUGCAGAAAGUAGCUAAUGUCUCCUUGUUCACAUUUAAGGCAUUUGAAUACAAUGUAUCAAUCGACUUCUACUGGGCUCCGUUGCUUGUCGAAUCGAAUGCCGAUCAUCCAUCAAAACAUAAAAGAAUUGAUCGUGUAAUCAAUAUCCAAUCCAUUGAAAAGCAUGCAAAAAACUGGGUUGAUGCUGAUAUACUUGUGUUCAACUCGUAUCUAUGGUGGGGGACACCUACACUUAAAAUCUUGUAUGGAUCAUUUGUAGAUUCCGAGAAAUAUAACAUAGUAAGCAACCAUGAUGGUUAUAAGAUGGUUUUGGAAAAGUGGUCUAACUGGUUGGCUACUCAUAUAGAUCAUAAAAGGACCCAAUCAUAUUUCAUGAGUAUGACUGCAACUCAUAAGAGAGGCAUAGAUUGGGGCAUGCAAGGUGAUGGAAAUUGCUUGAAUGAAACUGAACCAGUAAUGAAGGACAACUUUUGGGAAAGUGGGUCAGAUUUGAAAAUGAUGAGGAUUUUGGAAUCAACAUUAGAUAAGUUGAAAGCAAGAGGGGUGAAUGUGCAGUUAGUGAAUAUAACACAACUAACGCAGUUUAGGAAAGAUGGACAUCCUUCUAUUCAUAGGAUGUUUUAUUCAACCCUAAAAGCGAAACAAUUAUCCAAUCCUAAACGAUAUGCAGAUUGUACACAUUGGUGCCUUCCAGGUGUCCCAGAUACUUGGAAUGAGCUAAUUCUUGCUUAUAUUCUUCAAAGACUGAAAUAAGUUAUAUAUAUUCAAACAAUGUAUUAUGUAUAGUGAUUCACAAAAAAAAUAUUGGAUGCUUAAUCUUUAUAGAAGAAAGGUUAAUUCCUAUGAAA